AUGGUUGUCAAAACGUGGUCCCUUCAAGGCGCCUUCAACAGCAGCGAGGACACGGAUGUCAAAGACGAAGACAUCAAGUCAGAAUGGUCAACAUGCUCUGACCCAACCGCCACAAUGACGGCAGACGGACCCGUGGACGAAGUGGCGUUGUCCCUCCACGCGUUCGCUUCGCAAGAUGGCCUCAUCGCAAAGAUCACCCCGCCUAAACAACCUGAGAAGCCCACCGUCCACGUCCCCUGCGACAUCGUCCUCGUCAUCGAUGUUUCGGACAGCAUGAGCAGCAACGCUCCAAUCCCGGCCAACUCGGGUGAUGAGGCCAAAAAUUAUGGCUUUUCGAUCCUGGACUUGGUCAAACACGCUGCCCGCGCCAUCUUGGAGACCAUGGACGACGGUGACCGGCUCGGUAUCGUCACCUUUGCAUCCCGGGCCAGGGUCGUUCAGGAGUUGAUGCCGAUGAACAAGGAGAACAAGGCUCUUGCUGAACAGAAUAUCAGCAUGAUGGUGCCCGCCGGUCAAACCAACUUGUGGCAAGGCUUGGUGGAGGCUGUCAAACUGUUCAGUCAGGGGUCGGAGAUGAACACGGGGAGGGUCCCGGCUAUGAUGGUGUUGACGGAUGGUAUGCCGAACCAUAUGUGCCCUGCCAAAGGAUACGUGCCAAAGCUGCGUGAAAAGGAGCAGUUACCAGCUUCGAUCCACACGUUCGGAUUUGGGUACUCCUUGAGGUCUGGUCUGUUGAAGUCAAUUGCCGAAAUAGGAGGUGGGAACUACGCCUUCAUCCCAGAUGCGAGCAUGAUUGGAACCGUAUUUGUCCAUGCUGUCGCCAACCUACAAGCAACAUACGCCAUCAAUGCUACCGUACGUCUUACUUACUCCUCAUUGAUCGACAUCGAGGAGACCAUGGGUGAUUCUGUUGCUAAGCAGAAAGUGCUUACUCUUCCAGAUGAGGAUGGUGAACCAAAACAGCUCUCGAUCUCACUUGGAAACCUCCAAUACGGCCAGUCACGGGACAUUUUACUCCGGGUCAAGGCACCCGCGGGUCUCUCCUCUGAUGACGCAAUGAUCAAGGCAUCUAUAGAAUACUCACGCAUGACGAGCAACGUACACAGGCAAAGCACCGAACAAUCGCUCCAUAACCCGACAACUCUUCCGGAAUCUGAGAUUGCCUACCACCUCUCCCGCUCUGAAAUUUGCUCUUUCAUCUCCACAAUCAUCCCCAUCCGUGGGGACGGCGAGCACAUGGCAUUGAGCAGUAUCUCACCCGAAAAGGUCCAAGAGCUCGAGGUUCUCAUCAAAAACUUCCCAGCAAAGCGCUUUCCCACGGAUCCGAGCAACAAAUCCCUGAUCGAGGAUCUCGAAGGCGCUCAACCAAAGGGUCAAAUCCCUUUAGCUCUGACAAACCGGAAAUACUACAUGAAAUGGGGUGUUCACUACUUGCCCUCGUACUUGAACGCCCACACCCGCCAGAUCUGCAACACUUUCAAAGACUCUGGGCCGCUUCAAUACGGAACUUACAGCCCUCUCUUCAUCGCGUGCAGAGACCGGCUGGAUGCCGCGUUUGAUAACCUUCUCCCGCCCGCUCCCUCCAACCAGCACAGCGCUACUCACCACGGAACAGUGCAUAUGAGCUCCUAUAAUAGCUCCUCUGGCGUAUGCUUCAUCGACUCGACGCCAGUGCGUCUCGCAUCGGGUCGAACAGUUCCUAUCAAGGCUCUUCGAAGAGGCGUGGCAGUGCAGACUCCUUCUGGUCCGCGCCGAGUCGUCGCUGUUCUCAAGACGCUGGUGCGCAGGGAUGUUAUGUGUCGCGUCGGCGAACUUGUGGUUACGCCGUGGCAUCCUCUGUCUCUCGACAGUGGCAAGACGUGGGUCUUCCCGGCCAAUGUGGCGGAUCGGCUUGUUAGGUACACUGGCUCCAUCUACUCGGUUCUGCUUCAGCCAGACCAGGACUCCAAGGCGCAUGCAAUCAACGUCGCGGGCGCCUGGGGCGUGACUCUUGGGCACGGAGUAGUCGCAGGACAGGAUGUGAGAGCGCAUCAGUUCUUCGGCCAUUAUAGAAAAGUUGUCGGAAGCCUCAGGAAGGUAGGAGUCAGUAAGAAGGGCGUUGCUAUCGGUGGAGGGGUGAGCAGAGAUUCGCUCACUGGGUUGGUAUCUGGCUUCGCUCCGUACAGGAAACGAAAUCUGGUCCUCAAAGCAGUUUUCAACCAUGCUGUCUGCAUGGCUUGA